CAUCGGCGUCGCAUCAUUUCUGCUAUGAUAUUCUCAGUUCACAAUUACAAUUUUCAUCACCAAUCAUAAUCCUCUAAGCUGCUGUAAUAGGUUAGCAAGCAACACUGAAAAAAUUGAGAAAUAGCGCGAACUUCCACUGCAAAUGUCCUGUUUUGGCCAUCCUGUCAUCCUCCAUUCAAAUUCGAGUUGUAUGCGAACUGCCGUGAUUUUGCACAAGAACACCAAUGAAGAAGAGAUGCUGUAUCGGAAUGCCAGAAAACAUCAUAGAAGCAGAGUAAUGCCGAUUUCAUUUGGAAACUGCGAUAUUCUGAAGAUGCAGAUCCGAUGCUUCCGAGUGAUGCAAAUUUUCUCCAUAAAAUAAUGAUUGUUUGCCAAAUUCUUUAGAUAAAGGUUGUUGAGAAGCAUCUAAUAAACGUCGCUAAAUGUUA